AUGCCAGAAUCAAAUCAACGGCCACAUCAGCCUCCUCCAAACCAGCUUCCACCACAACAACAGCAGCAGUUACAGCAACAGCCUCCUAUGCAACAACGUCUUCAGCAACAGCAGCCACCUCCACAACAAAUUGCGCCACAAAAUCCACUUCAACCUAACCUCCAAAUGCCACCACCACCGCCGCAGAUUCCUCAAGAUUUCAUAUCGUUCUUCCAACUGAUGAUGACUAAUCAAUCUGCCCUCAUGGAGCGCCUCUCGGAGAAUAUAUUUAAUAUGAAGAAGGAAAGAUCGACCGCAGAAUAUACGAUGGAGGUGCUAGCAAAAAACAUCCAAGAUUUUCAUUACGAUGAAGAAAACGGAGUCACAUUUGCACAGUGGUUCGAACGUUUCGCGACCACGUUUGAAGAAGAUGCAAGAGCGUUAACAGAGGAUGCUAAAGUUCGACUACUUUUAAGAAAGUUGGGUGCAUCGGAGUACUCCCGAUAUGUGAAUUUAAUUUUACCCAAUACACCUGCUAGUUUCGAUUUUAGUACUACAAUCGAAAAACUUAGCAAAAUAUUUGGACAAUCGGAGUCGAUCUUUAACACGCGCUUCCACUGCUUACAAAUCACAAAAAGCAGUUGUGAAGACUACACAGCUUACACUAGUAGAGUCAAUAAGAGCUGUGAGCAAUUUCAACUUGGGAAGCUGACAAGUGAGCAAUUUAAGUGCUUAAUUUUUGUCAAAGGGUUGCAUGCUUCAUGUGACUCAGAUGUCAGAACAAGAUUACUGGCAUUGCUGCAAUCAGGAGACGAAACAAAAAUUACGCUUUCGAACUUGCUAUUGGAAUGUCAGAGAAUUGCAACACUAAAGCAAGAUUCUCAAUUGCUCGAAACUGCACCACUCAAAACAAAUGCAGUUUCUUAUGGCAGAAAGAAACAGCUGAACAACAAUGCUCUACCCAUCAGUCAUCCCGCAUCAGGCAGUUCCACAUCUAUCAAGACAUUGCCGCGUACACCAUGCUGGGGAUGUGGUGGUAUGCAUUUUGCUGCAGAAUGCUCAUUCAAGAACCACCAAUGCUCAUCAUGCAAGCGUACUGGUCACAAAGAGGGUUACUGUUCUUGCUUUGCCAAAGCAAACACCAAUCAACAAUCAUCAAGACCCAAAGGCAAAUCCAACAAAAGACAACGAAAAUCAAAUGUAGUUGCAGUCAACACACUUCAAAAAGCAAAUCGCAAAUUUAUAGAAGUUCACAUAAAUGGAUUAGCACUCAAUCUUCAAUUAGACACUGGAGCUGACGUCACAAUUCUAUCGAAGAAUAAUUGGGAGCAGUUGGGGAGCCCUAAGCUCUUUUUGGACAACAACUCAGAAUCGGUAAUUGAUGCUCAGGGUAGAAUAAUUACCAUGCUUGGUUCUUUCAUUGCAGAUGUUAAACUGGACGUUCAUAUACAGAAGAUAAAAAUAGAAUUUGCAGACAUUUUCACUAAAGCCCUGGGUCAUUGCACUAAAUUCAGGCCAAAAUUAUACCUGAGAGAGAAUGCUACACCAAUAUAUCGAGCGAAACGACCAGUUCCGUAUGCAGCACUUCAGCAAGUCGAAGAAGAAUUGAACCGACUGGAACGAUUGGGUGUUAUAACACCGAUAGAUUUUUCGGAGUGGGCAGCACCCAUAGUUGCCGUUCGUAAAGCCAAUGGCAAUGUAAGGAUAUGCCCUGACUACUCAACAGGCUUGAAUGAUGCUCUUCAGCCCCACCAACAUCCACUUCCACUUCCUGAAGAGAUUUUCGUAAAACAUGCUGAUGGCAAGUUUUUCACACACAUUGACUUGUCGGACGCAUACCUUCAAGUUGAAGUCGAAGAAGAAAGCAAGCAGUUCCUCACAAUCAACACCCACAGAGGCCUGUACAAGUUCAACAGACUUCCUCCUGGUGUCAAAGCAGCACCAGGAAGUUUCCAACAAGUCAUGGAUACAAUGCUUUGUCAGCUUGAAGGAGUCUCAGCGUUUAUUGAUGAUCUUCUGGUAUCUGGGAAAACUGUGGAAGAACACAUUCAGAGACUGAAGGCAGUUUUUACCAGACUACGUGAGUAUGGGUUUCAUAUAAAAAUAGAAAAAUGUUCAUUUUUCCAGACCUCACUCAAAUAUUUGGGUCAUGUCAUCACCUCUACCGGACUCAAACCUGAUCCAGAUAAGUCUGCCGCCAUUGUCUCGAUGCCACCACCACAAAAUUUGUCACAGUUGAGGUCUUUCUUGGGGGCCAUAAACUAUUAUGGCAAGUUUAUACCCGACAUCAGUAAAUUAAGUGGCCCGUUGCACGCGCUACUGAAAAAAGACAGCAAAUGGGUAUGGACAAAAGCAUGUCAAGAUGCUUUUACAAACUUCAAGAACAUCCUUUCGUCAGACCUGGGUUUAGCGCAUUACGAUCCACAACUACCAAUCAUCGUUGCAGCGGACGCAUCUAACAUGGGAAUCGGAGCAUGUAUUUCUCACCGUUUCGAAGAUGGCACCAUCAAACCUGUUUAUCAUGCAUCCCGGACACUCACAUCAACAGAACAGAACUACAGCCAGGUAGAAAAAGAAGGUCUCGCUCUUACAUUUGCAGUGAAGAAGUUUCACCGUAUGUUACUUGGACGUCACUUCAUCCUUCACACAGACCACAAACCACUUCUGUCAAUUUUUGGCUCAAAGAAGGGAGUUCCAGUGUAUACUGCCAACAGGUUGCAGCGGUGGGCGAUUACUUUGCUAAGGUAUGAUUUUUCGAUUCAAUUCAUUUCCACUAGUGACUUCGGAAACGCGGACAUUUUGUCACGGUUGAUAAGCCAACAUCCAAGGCCCAAUUCUGAAGAGUACGUCACAGCUACUACCACUGUGGAAGAAGAAGCUUGCGCUGAUUUGAAACACACCAUUCAGCUACUACCACUUACAUUUGACAUGAUACAAAAAGCUACGUUGAACAAUUCAGAACUGAAUCGAAUAGCUAACUUCAUCAAAUCAAAGUGGCCAAACAAAAACAAUCUAUCUUCAACCGAGCUUCAGUACUUUAAUAGACGCGAAGCAUUGACACUCGUUAAUAACUGCAUCAUGUUUGGAGAUAGACUAGUUAUUCCCGAAUGUUACCGUGCCAAAAUACUUCGCCAAGUACACAGAGGUCAUCCAGGUAUCCAAAACAUGAAGGCGAUAGCUAGAGGCUACAUUUACUGGCCACAGAUUGAUAAAGAUAUCGAAAAUUUUGUGAAGGAAUGCUCGAGUUGUCAAUCAGCAGCAAAGUCACCAAUAAAAACAACACUUCAGUCAUGGCCUCUCGCAACGGAGCCCUGGCAACGUAUUCAUAUUGAUUACGCAGGACCAAUUCAGAAUGUAUAUUACUUGGUAGUAAUAGACGCUCAUUCCAAAUGGCCUGAAAUCAUAGAAACGUCAUCUACAACCUCUACAGCUACAAUCAACAUCUUGCGAGAAAUUUUUUCCAGACAUGGAUAUCCGAAAACCUUGGUAUCGGAUAAUGGAACUCAGUUUUUCAGCCACCAGUUCAAAAAUUUCUGUGAGUCAGCAGGUAUUCUUCACAUGAAAACUGCACCGUUUCAUCCCCAAUCGAACGGGCAAGCCGAAAGAUUUGUCGAUACGCUCAAACGAUCUCUUCAAAAACUUAAAGGGGAGGUAACCAUGCAGGAAGCUCUGCAACAGUUCUUAUUCAUGUAUAGGACAACUCCAAACCGCAACACGCCGAACAGUACGUCACCAGCUGAAGCAAUGUAUAACAGAAAAAUCAGAACAUCGUUGGAUCUUCUAAUUCAACCAAAGUUGAACCAGCCAGUCAUCAAUGAAAAACAAAACCUGAGUUUCAAUCGACAGUAUGGAGCAAAACACAGAUCAUUCGCUGUAGGAGAUGCAGUUUUCGUCAAGCUGUAUCGUUCAAACAAAAGCAGGUGGAUUCCAGGUGAAAUACUGGAGAGAGUUGGAGCAGUCAACUAUAAUGUUCGCGUCAACACAAGAGAUAGAUUAGUGCGGUCUCACACAAAUCAAAUUAGACCGAGAUCAUCCACACAGACGUCAUCGACCCCAACAGCGCAAAUACCUCUUUCAACACUUUUGCAAGAUUUCAACAUGAAACCAAUUCCAAAACUCCAAAGUCCGGAGAUAGCCGCCAGCCAAAGUUCACAGCCUGUAGCAGUUGCCUCAGAGGAAUGUCCACAACAUAGCAGAAGACUUGAUUGGGAGCUUGGGGACAACAAUCCAAGUGGUUCGGAUCAGCGAGAAGCAAUCAUCACUCCACCGUCUAUCCAGAGACGAUCGAAUAGAAAGCGUAGAGCAACAAAGAGAUAUUCUCCUCCCUCACCACCAGCUAAAAGGGAAGGUGUUACCACCCUAAGGGUACGACAUCCCUGACCUCAGGAAUGACAGAAGACCUCACGUACCAACCCUGGACGCAGAGGGUCAUUGGGAAGGGACAGAUUCUGGCGGGAACAUAAAAUCACGGACAUUCCAUAAUUUUGCAUUCUCAUCCUAACGUAAUAGUUUUUGCUCAGAAUCUUC